AGCCAGGAACAAUUUGUCAAAAUUGGAAAUUUUACAUCCGGAAAAGCUAGAGAAAGAAAUUGGGAAAUUUUUGAAAAUUAUUCAACUAAGUAAAAAUAAAAUAAAAAGAUAAAAUGUCUGGAAUUGAUAUCGCGGGAAUUGAACUUACCUGUGGACCGACUCAUCUGAAGAGCAGGAUCCUAGUGAGAAACCUACCGCCUUGCACCCGCCAGGAGCUGUCUUUGCUCUGCGCGCCCUAUGGCCGAAUCGUUGGCUCGCUGGUGAUCGAUACCUACGGAUAUAUCCAGUUUAAUAGUUCAACCGAGGCCAAGAGAGCCAUAGAAUCGCUCAACCUUUUUAUAUUCAAAUCGAAGGCUCUCCGAGUCUCGAACGCCAGCAUCAGUUCCCUCAAGGCCAAUUUUUCUGGCAUUGCUCGCCCGAAUAGGAGGAGGAUCGAGUUUUCUGAUGCGGAUGAAGUUAUCCUCGUGGACCGGAUUAGGUAUGAAGACGAUGAAAACGAUGAUGACGAUGAUAGCGAUGAGGUAGAGAAUGACUCCGAAAGCGAUGACGAUGAAGGCCAGAAAUCUCGCACACGCAAGCGGAAGAGAAAAACUAACGCCAUAAACCCGAAAAGGAGGAGGGUCCAAUGGUCUGAUGCGGAUGAAGUUCAUGUCGUGGAGCGAAUUUAGUAUGAAAGCGGUGAGAACUAUGUGGUAGAGGAUGACUACGAAAGCGAUGACGAUGACGAUGAAGACCAGAAACAUAAUUCAAAUUCAACUUCGUCUGAAAUUUGGUGUGAAAUUAACUGGAAGUCAAAAUAUUCGGAGUAGUGUUCCUUAUGAAUAACUUGGGGUGUUGGCCAGAAGGGAAAAAUGCAAAUAUUAUAUUCUAGUUUUCUAUGAGUACUUUUAAA